AAACAGCUGUUUGAAGACACAACCUUUUGUCGUUGUUUGCAGACGGUACCCUGAGAAAAACACCCAGGCUUUCUUAACACACACAUCUCAUCAAGCACCACAGGAUUUUAAUCCACACCAACGUGCUUCCGUUCCGGCUCGCUUGCUGCUGUUUUUGUCCGCCUGCCAGGAAACUUAACUGGGGAUCCAUGGUGUUAAAUUUCCAUUGUAACAAGUGGAUAACAAGAGGCGACCCGACCAAGGUGUAAUGAGAGCGCUGGUCAUGGACAGAUGAUGGACGUGGAGACGUCGUACUCAGACUUCAUCAACUGUGAUCGCACAGGCCGCAGGAACGCAGUGCCCGACAUCGCAGGGAAGGGAGAAGGAGCGGCCAGCACCAGUGAACUCACCAAAGAUCUGGCAGAGAUGGACCUGAAGGCUGCAGAGGGAGACCCAGGGGCCUCUCCAGCCCCUGAGGCAGAGGGCUCCACCAGCCAAGACGCCCAGGGAGGCGGGGGCCCGUCCUAAACUCAGCCAGAGGCCAAAUGGGGGGCAGAGCCAAGGACUGAAAAGUUUAAAAGGAAGCAAGUGAAAGUGGAGAGACAUGGAGAGAGGAAAGAGAGAGAGUGUUUAUUGGUUGUCCUAACCAGACACAAGGACACCUUUGCUCACUGCCAGCCUGUUUGGAGCUUCAGCGGCCCAAAUGUUCGCCUUUUCAUCGGAUCAGAUUGUAACUCGUGGAGCAGAACAGAGUAGAAGUGACAAUUGAGAUGCUGCUCUUUUGCUUCAUUCUCUGUUAAGUCAUUUAUAUUCCUGACAAGACAAGAAAGCACAGAAACUUUGGAUUUAUGUCUGUGGAGAUGGACUGAGCUGAACAGAAUUCAUUUAUAACACUCGAAACAUUGUUCCAGCCUAAUAUGGAACCGUGUCACGGAGGGCGUAUUCAUAAUCAUCUGUUUGUCAUUUUCUUUCUCUGUAUGCGUGUGUGUUUGUGACCCUCUUGUUCGGUUUCAUCGUCAAGUCCUUUUUCUUUUUUCCCAGUGACAAAACAUAGUCGCCAUUAUACUGUUGUGUACGGACUUCAUAUUUAUUGCUUAAUGUUCAGUGAUAACUUUGUGAUAGCAAUUUUCUUUGUGUAAUAAAAUACUUAUGAAUAACUGUAA